GCAAUUCUCAACAACGCACGAACAAACGCUGCCCUACAAGGACAACCCCGCACAACACAACACCUCCUUCCUUAUAUAGCUCUCUCAUCUCCGUCUCUCUCUACAUCUCCAGUGUGAUUCAUUCUUCAGGAGUCUCAGAUCUCUUCCUCUCGCUCUCAGCGUUCAUCGUAGUUUGGUUCCAGUUCUUGUUUUUGCUCCGUGUCGCUCGUCUUUCUCGUUUCUUGGUUCGAAUCGAUGGCGUCCGUUACUGGAACCUCCCUUUGCAUGAAGUUUGCUUCGUGCUCUUUGAAGCGGACCCAGCCAUCAAACAGCAGAAUCUCAAGUCUGAGAUCAGUCUCAGUGCCCAUCAAUACGAAAGGCUAUCCGUCUCUUGUUUCACGCCGAGGGUCAUCCCGCCGUCAGGUUUUAUGUGCGGCCAAGCCCGAGACUGUGGACAAGGUCUGUGCGAUAGUGAGGAAGCAGUUGGCGUUGCCAGAUGACUCUGCCGUUACAGGAGACUCUAAGUUUGCAGCACUUGGAGCUGAUUCUCUUGACACGGUGGAGAUUGUGAUGGGGCUUGAGGAGGAAUUCGGGAUCAGCGUGGAGGAAGAGAGCGCUCAGAGCAUCACCACCGUCCAAGAGGCUGCUGAUAUGAUUGAGAAGCUCAUUGAGAAAAAUUAGUUCUUAAGACUCCUCUAAGAACCGAGUACUUUUUAUGAAGGAUGUUGGUGACUCUUGUGUGGCUUUGCCACAGUUAGGAUUCCCUACUUACUAGAUGAAUUUGCUAGUUUUGGAUGGGAAUUUUAUGUUAAAGUUACAUUAUUUUUGGCCUGAAAUGGAACUUGCUGUUUGUGCA